GAUUUCUCUGGUCAACCUCAAUACAGAGAAAUGGUUGGGAAGUCCCUGAUUGCUGGUCUGGUGGUCCUUGUGGUGGCUGCAGUGAGCCUGUUCCUGGGGGUGUUCAUGGGUUUGGGGAAGAAAAACACACCUCUCACUUCAGACCACUUCUACUCAAAGGCCGCCGUGGCUGCUGAUGCUGGAAAGUGUUCAGAAGUGGGGAGGGACAUUCUGAAGAAAAAUGGCUCUGCUGUGGAUGCUUCCAUUGCUGCCUUGCUGUGUGUUGGCCUUUUGAACGCUCACAGCAUGGGCAUCGGAGGAGGGCUCUUCUUUGUCAUCUAUAACGCUUCCACAGGGAAGGUGGAAACCAUCGAUGCGAGGGAGACCGCACCCAUGAAUGCCACUGAAGACAUGUUUGGCAACAACACCAAGCUUUCUCGUACAGGUGGACUGUCCAUAGCCAUUCCAGGAGAGAUCCGUGGUUAUGAGAUGGCACACAAAAGGCAUGGACGGCUGCCAUGGAAGGAGCUGUUUGAGCCCAGCAUUGCCUUGGCUCGUGAUGGAUUUCCAAUUGGAAAAGCCUUGGCUCAUGCAAUCUUCAAAAGCAAGGAUUCCAUUCAAGGAGACGCCAACAUGUGUGAGGUGUUUUGUGACUCUCAGAAAAAAAUCCUGAAGGAAAACGAUAUUGUUAGAUUUCCAAAGCUGGCUGACACAUACCAAAGAAUAGCAGAAGAGGGGCCUGAUGUGUUUUAUAACGGGACAAUGGCACAGAGCAUCGUUGAGGACAUCCAGGCGGCAGGUGGUAUCAUCACCCUGGAUGAUUUGCUGGAGUACCAGCCCGUGCUGAAUGAGAACCCUCUGAGGCUGAAUGUUGGGGAAUACACCAUACAUGUCCCAGAUGCCCCCUCCAGUGGCCCUGUGCUGGCACUUAUACUCAACAUAGUGGAUGGGUACAACUUCACAGACACAAGCGUCUCCACAGCGGAGAAAAAAACUCUGACGUACCAUCGCAUCGUGGAGGCUUUUCGUUUUGCUUACGCCAAGAGGAGCAGACUGGGAGACCCUCGGUAUCUCAACAUUACUGAUCUAAUCCAAAACAUGACCUCAGACUACUUUGCCGAUGGCAUAAGGAGCAAAAUUACAGAUGACACGACCCACCCAGACAGCUACUAUGAGCCUGACUAUUUUGUUCCAGACAACCACGGGACAGCUCAUCUGUCAGUCAUUGCUGAGGAUGGAAGUGCUGUGGCAGCAACCAGCACCAUCAAUCUAUACUUUGGGUCAAAAGUCAUGUCUCGAUCUACUGGGAUCAUUUUUAAUGAUGAAAUGGACGACUUCAGCUCUCCAUUCAUGACCAAUGGGUUUGGAAUCCCUCCCUCACCCAACAACUUCAUUCAACCAGGCAAGAGGCCGCUGUCUUCCAUGUGUCCUACUAUCAUCUUUGACAAAGAAAACCAAGUGAAAAUGGUUGUAGGAGCGUCCGGGGGUACAAAAAUCACCACAGCAACAGCAUUAGUCAUCCUGAACUCCUUGUUUUUCAACUAUGACCUAAAGAAGGCCGUGACUGAGCCACGACUUCACAAUCAGCUUAACCCAAAUAUGACAGUGGUGGAGCAGGGCUUUGAAAAGAGUGUCCUGGAGGGUCUGGCCCAGAAGAACCAUGUAACGCAGCUGCUGAGGACUCCAGACUCUGUGGUCCAGGCCGUGGUGCGGCAGGGAGAGCGUCUCUGUGCAGAGUCUGACCCCAGGAAAGGAGGCUACCCGGCGGGAUACUGAGCAUCCCUUCAGUUCCUUCUCAGCUGCCUUCAGCGAGGACGGUCUCCUCAAAGACACUCGGACAGAACCACAAUGAAACAGUGUCUGCACUGAAGACUUAAGCAAUAUUUAAGCUAAGGAGACACAGCCACUGCGCCUUCUCUGAGAUUUUCUUUUAAUCAAACAUGGAAAUUGACUCCACUUCAAUACCUCUUUUACUCAAUUAUUUAAGAUUACUUUAUCUUUUUUGGGGGCAUUACUUUUGUGUUCUGAAGUAAAAUGAGAGGUUGUAUCUAGUUUGACUCUUGUAUCAUCACUACUGGAUACUGGUCAGGAGGGUUGUGUUUUGAGGACUGAAGCAGAAACCAUUUGAACAUUAAAUUGAGGUCAUGUAUGACAUCACUAUUAUAAACAUCCAAAUAUAUACCAACAUUGGUAAUGUCAUUAAGAAAUGUUCACAGGUUUCAACAUCAAGUUGUAGGUUGUCCAUGUAGUAAUUUCAUUUCUUUUCUAAGGAAAAACUGUUAAUAACUGGACAAUUUGUCUGAAAA